GCACAGACUGCGCGGAGAGGCUAACCUUUGCCUUCGGUAGCCUUGUUCUGCACGCCUACUUCUGGACUCUCCUUCUCUUCUGGGGUUCAUUCGUGACCAGGGCGCAGAAGCCGGCCAGCUGUCCACGAUGAGCAGCCUGACACAGAACAUGCGGGAGGUGCUGAAGGCUAUGAGCCAAGCGCGCGGCUUUGAUAGAGUUUUGGAAAAGGUGUCUGUUGUUUCCUCUGCUCCUGGGAAAGUGGUUUGUGAAAUGAGAGUGGAAGAGCAGCAUGCCAAUAAGAUGGGCACUCUGCACGGUGGUCUGACAGCCACCUUAGUGGAUAGCAUAUCCACGUUGGCCCUGCUGUGCACUGACAGGGCGGCACCUGGAGUCAGUGUCGAUAUGAACAUAACGUACAUGUCCCCUGCUAAAGUAGGAGAAGAUGUCGUGAUUACUGCACACGUUCUGAAGCAAGGGAAAACGCUGGCCUUUGCCUCUGUGGAUUUGACCAACAAGGUCACAGGAAAACUAAUAGCACAGGGCAGACACACGAAGCACCUUGGAAACUGAGAGCCUAGCAGUUGGACCCGCAGAAACCUAGCAAUGAAAACCAAGUGCAAAUGUGACUUUUAAUUGUUGAAAAUAAAUGAGAACCAGAAAAAAGAAAAAAAAAGCCAAGCAACAUUUUCUCCGGGGGAAAGGACCAUAAACACCAAGGAGGGUAGGGGUUCCUAUCGUUUCUUUUAUUUUAAGCGUUUAAUUUUUUUUUUAAUCAUGUGGCUCUUGCCUGAAUGAAACAAAAUUCAUAAAGUUAACUGUAAAAGUACAACAGAACUAGCAGGAGCCACCUUGUGGUAAGAUUCUUUUAAAAGUAAAUUCCAGGGAAGGUUUGAUCCAUGCUGGAAGACAUUUGGCUAAGCAAAAGCAGCCAGCCAGAAAAGGACAAAUACUGUAUGACCUAACUUAUAUAAACGACUGGAAAACAGAUCAGUGUACAGAGAUCAAAGUUCGCCAGUGGUUACCAGGAGUGAGAGAGAGGUCCAAGGGGGCUAAUCGUGAUGCAAAAUUGCAUUAAGGGUAGGGGUACACAGCUAUUUAUUGUAAUUACUGUCAAUAAAUUGUACACCUAUAAAAACUGAA